UAUGGGUAGGAAGCGCGGCUUCGCGGAGGAGGCGCCGGCGGACAGCAAGAUGGCGGCGGGCUGCUGCGGAGUGAAGAAGCAGAAGCUGUCGAGCUGCUCCUCGUCGUCCACCUCGUCGUCGUCCUCCUCCUCCGCCAACGCCAACGCUGUCAGCGCCGCCAACACGGGCGACAACCACUGCAAGGGCGGCCGCACCAACGGCUGCCUCGGCCCCCUCCCCGGCGGCAGGAGCAUGUGGUCAAACGCCGAGAUGUGCGGCUUCUGCUUCGACGUCCUCUACUGCCAUCUGUACGGAUACCAGCCUCCCCGCAGUCCCCGCUUCACCAACGACCCCUACCCAUUAUUUGUGACGUGGAAGAUUGGCCGUGAUAAACGGUUGCGAGGAUGCAUAGGUACAUUUUCAGCCAUGAACUUGCAUUCAGGACUCAGGGAGUACACGCUUACCAGUGCCCUUAAAGACAGUCGCUUUCCCCCAAUGACGAGGGAAGAGUUACCGCGACUUUUUUGCUCCGUGUCUCUUCUUACCAAUUUUGAAGAUGUUGGGGAUUACUUAGAUUGGGAGGUGGGUGUACAUGGCAUUAGAAUAGAAUUCAUCAAUGAAAAAGGAUCAAAACGCACGGCCACAUACCUGCCGGAGGUUGCGAAGGAGCAAGGUUGGGACCACAUUCAAACCAUAGAUUCCUUGUUACGAAAGGGUGGCUACAAAGCUCCCAUCUCUAAUGAUUUCAGGAAGACCAUUAAACUGACCAGGUACCACAGUGAAAAGAUGACACUGAGUUACUCGGAGUAUCUUGCACACCGUCAGCACCACCACUACCAGAAUGGCAUUUCACACCCGCUACCACCAUACAACCAUUAUUCCUGACAAAGACUUGCAUGACCAGUCACUCGACCUAUCAGCUGACCUCUUCCCCGGGGACCCUUCCCCUUCCUGGUCUAGCUAUCUCUACUACUGUACCAUUUUAUGAUGGCAGUUUCCGUUGCCAUCGUGACACGACGUGGCUGCUUUGUUGACGUCAGCUUGGCAACGGGUGGAGAUCAAGAAUCAUUGUAUUUUCGUUCAAAACACUUUUUUUACAAAGAGAAAACAUUUUCCAAUGAAAUCGACACAAUUUUGCUUUUUCUUUAAUGCAUUCCCAAAAUUUCUUAAAUCUGUGGAUGAAUGGAAGGAGAAUUGAGAUAAUUAUUAGCUAGUCUGUUCUGGGCUCCCAAAUGUACAAGAACCGGACUUUUCAGGUUAUAUCCUUGUGUUCUUGGGCCACAUUAUUUCCUCGUUAAAUAGGUAGAACCCCGUAAGGCAGUUUUCUUUAAAGUCAAUCCAGGUGCUCUAAAGUUUAAACAAAAAUAAUCUUCACAGCAUUGGAUGGAGGAACUCAGCGGGGCAGGCAGCAUCUCUGGAGAGAAGGAAUGGGUGACGUUUCAGGUCGAGACCCUUCCACACACUCAACAUUGAGUCAUCAACUGACUUACAGCACUGCUACUUUUGAUUUGUAUCGAAUUUAGUGUAUCAUUGAGUGUAAAAAAUAGCUUUAAACUUUUGUUGUUUCCCUCUUUGGUUUAAAAUGCAGCAGUCGGUGGCGAUUGACAAAGAGAUUGUUGCCCGUGCUGCUAAAUGCCUGCGAGACUCUCCGCUGCUUGUGCUUGUGCUCAGUUUUGGACUUUUUGGUUUUAUUGACCGACGGAUCCAUUGUGUGUGCUGAGUACAACUGGCGGCCAGUACUCUGUGUUUAACGCCAGUGACCAGAUUAAAUCCUCCUAGGUGUAAAAGAAGGGUCUAAAUUGAAUAACACAAAUAUCAUAUCGUAUAUAUGUGUAGACUAGUCAAGGUCAAAAUGUCCCACUAACUUACCCUAGGUGGAGUAUCUAUUGGGUACAUUUAUUUGCCAGGUGGAGAGUGAUGAUAAUAUGUCUCAUAUCCACUGACACUUGAUUACAACUAUUCCGGUUUCACUUCCCCUUGUGGGAAUUUUUUUUCCCUUUAAUAUAUCAUGGGGUUGGUGCAGAAUUAUUUGAUUUAAAAAAAAAAAUUUGAUAUCAAGAGUUGAGAUUGAGUACAAUUUGAUUUCCUGUUUAAAAGCGUGAUUACACAUCACUAGCAGAGCAUUGUGUGUGUGAGUUUUCUUGCCUUUUGUGUCUUUAUCUUGAGUGGGGUUUUUUCCUCCUCUCCUCCAGGGACAAAGAAAGAUGCCACGUGUUAAAUUAUUUUAUAGAAAAAAUGUCUCCCCCCCCCC